UUUCCACUGCUUCUCCAAGCUUGAACUUGGGUUUUUUUUUUUUGUUUGUUUGUUUGUUUUGUGUUUUUGGCUCGUGCACAGAUUGCGUGACGCGUGCGCACCGGGAAACAGUCCGGAUCUGGCGCGUGACAGCACGGCAAACAUGAAUUGACGGCAAAAAAAGAAGAAGAAGAAGAAGAAGGAGCAGGAGGAGAAUUAUCCAUGCUCGAGGCAAGCUCCGUGCGCGCGCGCCAUGGCGAGAAAGAAACGACUUCCCUCGUCGUUGCUGCUGCUGCUGCUGCUGAUGCUGAUGCUGUGCGUCCUCGCGAGCGCGCAGCAGAACGUUCUGCGCAUCGGUGGUAUUUUUGAGACACUGGAGAAUGAGCCAAUCAGCGUGGAAGAGCUAGCCUUUAAAUUCGCAGUGACCAGCAUCAACCGAAACAGGACAUUAAUGCCUAACACAACGCUCACCUACGACAUCCAGCGCAUCAACAUGUUCGACAGCUUUGAAGCCUCAAGGAGAGCAUGUGAUCAGCUGUCACUGGGUGUGGCUGCAGUCUUUGGCCCCUCCCACAGCUCCUCAGUCAGUGCAGUGCAGUCUAUCUGUAAUGCACUGGAGGUUCCUCACAUCCAGACACGUUGGAAACAUCCGUCUAUGGACAACAGGGACAGCUUCUACAUCAACCUGCACCCAGAGUAUGCCUCCAUUAGCCGGGCCGUGCUUGACAUUGUGCACUUCUACAAAUGGAAGAGUGUCACUGUAGUGUAUGAGGAUGCAACAGGUCUGAUUCGUCUGCAGGAGCUGAUCAAAGCUCCAUCCCGUUACAGCAUUAAGAUUAAGAUCCGCCAGCUGCCUGUGGGGAACAGAGACACCCGGCCGCUUCUCAAAGAGAUGAAGAAGGGGAAAGAGUUCUGCGUCAUCUUUGACUGUUCAUACCAGACCACAGCCGAGGUGUUAAAACAGUUACUUUCUAUGGGCAUGAUGACUGAGUACUACCAUUUCUUCUUCACCACGCUGGAUCUGUACGCUCUGGAUCUGGAGCCGUACCGCUACAGCGGCGUGAACAUGACAGGUUUCCGCCUUCUGAACGUAGACGACCCUCAGGUGGCAUCGGUGCUGGGGAAAUGGUCUAUGGAGAGAGUUCAGGGUCCACCGAAACUCGACAACGGCAUAAUGGAGGGCAUGAUGACGACUGAAGCGGCUCUGAUGUAUGAUGCCGUGUUCAUGGUGGCAGCAGCGGCACAGCGAGCAUCACAGAUCACCGUCAGCUCGCUGCAAUGCCACCGACACAAACCAUGGCGCUUCGGCUCACGCUUCAUCAGCACAUUUAAAGAGUCUCAGUGGAACGGAUUAACUGGACAGAUUGUCCUGAACAGGACAGACGGACUGAGGAAAGAUUUCGACCUUGAUAUCAUCAGCCUGAAAGAAGACGGCAUGGAAAAGAUUGGGGUGUGGAACUCUAACACAGGUCUUAACUUGACGGACAGCAAAGACAAGACGGGGAACGUUACGGACUCCAUGGCCAACCGGACUCUGAUCGUCACGACUAUUCUGGAAAACCCAUACGUGAUGUAUAAGAAAUCGGACAAGCCGCUGUACGGGAACGACCGCUUCGAGGGUUACUGCUUAGACCUGCUGAAGGAGCUCUCCAACAUCCUGGGAUUUUCCUAUGAAGUCAAACUUGUCUCGGAUGGCAAAUAUGGUGCCCAGAACGAUAAGGGGGAGUGGAAUGGCAUGGUUCGAGAGCUCAUAGAUCACGUGGCGGAUUUAGCUGUGGCUCCACUCACCAUUACCUAUGUCAGGGAGAAGGUGAUCGAUUUCUCCAAACCAUUCAUGACCCUGGGAAUCUCCAUCCUGUAUCACAAACCCAACGGCACAAACCCAGGCGUCUUCUCCUUCCUGAACCCGCUCUCCCCUGAUAUCUGGAUGUACGUCCUACUCGCCUGCCUAGGAGUCAGCUGCGUCCUUUUCGUCAUUGCCAGGUUCACACCUUAUGAAUGGUACAAUCCUCACCCCUGCAACCCUGACUCUGAUGUGGUGGAGAACAACUUUACACUAAUCAACAGCAUGUGGUUUGGUGUUGGAGCUCUAAUGCAGCAAGGUUCAGAGCUGAUGCCUAAAGCUUUGUCCACUAGGAUUGUUGGGGGCAUCUGGUGGUUUUUCACACUUAUCAUCAUCUCAUCAUACACGGCGAAUCUUGCUGCAUUUCUCACCGUGGAGCGCAUGGACUCACCCAUCGACUCGGCUGAUGAUCUCGCCAAACAAACCAAGAUUGAGUAUGGAGCCGUGAGGGAUGGCUCCACCAUGACCUUCUUCAAGAAAUCGAAGAUCUCAACGUAUGAGAAGAUGUGGGCCUUCAUGAGCAGCCGUAAGAACACAGCUCUGGUGAAAAACAACCGCGAGGGAAUCCAGCGUGUGCUAACCACCGACUACGCACUCCUGAUGGAGUCCACCAGCAUCGAGUACAUCAGCCAGCGCAACUGCAACCUCACGCAGAUCGGAGGCCUCAUUGACUCCAAGGGCUAUGGAGUGGGAACCCCAAUUGGUUCCCCGUACCGCGAUAAAGUGACGAUUGCCAUUCUGCAACUGCAGGAGGAAGGAAAACUGCACAUGAUGAAGGAAAAGUGGUGGCGAGGAAACGGCUGUCCGGAGGAGGACAGUAAGGAGGCGAGUGCUCUCGGUGUCGAGAACAUCGGCGGCAUCUUCAUCGUCCUCGCCGCUGGGCUUGUACUCUCUGUGUUUGUGGCCAUUGCCGAGUUCGUUUACAAAUCACGCAGAAAUCUUGAUGUGGAGGAGGCAAGUGUUGGGCAGUGCGAGUGGCACAACAAGUACUGACCACAACGGAUGACUGAUAGGGAUAAAUAAUAUUUUCAGACUUCACAAUAUAUCAUCACAGCCCUAAUUGCAAUGGUACAUUAGGAAUCUUUGACCAACUUUGGAAUGGAAAAAAGACCCUCACUCAAAGGGAAUUAGUGGUAACGUACUUCAGUGCAACAAUCACAGAAGUAUUCUUUUCGUAACAGUCACAUUCCUGUACUUUCCUUUUCUUUUUCUGUGCCCUUUGCAGCACAAAAUGUCCGACUCUUCACCUUUAUAUGUACAAAUAAUAACUCCUACGUCCUAUGUAGUCCAACAGGGAGCCAUCUGGGAUUCAAUCUCUAGUCCUUUAUACUGGAAGUACAUUACAAAUAAUGGCUUUUAUGUCUAGUGGGUCAUAUUCAUGAGUUGAGGUCCAUGUGUAUAGUAAGGAUUUAAUACUGAAAUCACACACAUCUCAGACUUGAAGGAUUUAAUACUGAAAUCAUGUCUCAGACUUGCGUUUCUUGUGUGAUAUCGUCUUGAGCAAAGAAUCCAGCGACACUGUUUGACAGUUCGAUGUAACCACAGUAUGCCCUGAAAUUCACUGAAAUUCAUAUUUUGGGUUGUAAAUACAUUCAGAAAGAUUAUGGGAUGUUAUUUGUAGUCAAUAUUAAAUACAUAACUAUGACUUUGUUAAUUGUAUUGUUUAAAGGCAUUGGAGUAGGUGCUAUUGAAAAACCCCUGGCUUGGAAACCUCUACUGGGAGCCCAGGAAACUGAAUAUGAGGAACUCAUUUCAUAUUCUCUACAUAAACACUGAUGUACCUUUUUCACUCUGAAUAUUGUUCCACGUGUCUAACAGGAAGCUCUUUGGGAUUAAAUCACUAUUUAUUACUAUAAAUUGAAAAAAAAAAUGCAAUUGUUGGAAAGUUGCUGUGGUAUACGAGGAAUAAAACACUUCGGGGUACGUGCUGUUAUUGGAGAAUAAUAACCUUCGGGGUGGUAUCAGUAUCUCCACUUCAUCACAACACCCACCGUUGCUUAUUUUCCUAUAACAACACACCCACGAGUGUUUUAUUCUUUAGAAAGUUCAUUUCAAUUGCGGAUUGAUUGGUCGUGAGGUGAAAAGUGCUUCACAGAGACUUUACAACCGCGAUGAACAGAAAAGCAUCUCAAAACUCACAACACGUCGAACCUGGAGGCGGACGGGUGCAAUUCAUGUUGAAGUACACUAACUACCCAGUAAAAUAAAAGCUUUUAUGCCCUGUAUACAAGACAACAAGGCAAUCGACAUUCAGCUUCCUGUGAAAGAAAGGUUCCAACUCACCGUUUAUUGGUUGUGGUAUUGAAUCAUUGGUCGAAAUUUACAUGCACUACAUAGUGAGAUAUUCUUUUUUUAUACCCUAUAUAGUGCACUUUUUCUCAAUAGGAAGUCAUUCAGCAUCCGGUUUUCUAAAUAAGAACACGACAUGAAAUAAGGUAUGAAAUAAUACUAUAAGCCACGGAGAAUACUAUAAGCUCUAAGCGGAGUAGUUUAAUUUCUUUUAUUAUUUUAUAAACGUGUUUGUGUUAGUUUUUCCUCUUUUAAGCCUGUGAGCUGAACUGAGAUGCUUUUUUUUUUUUUUUUUUUUUUUAAAAUACUUUAAAUAGCAACCAUUAUGUAUUUUAAUUAUUGAUUUCUAAUCUGUCAUUGAGCUUUAGUACUGGUUCAUUACAUGAUUUAAAUAUGAAAGCAUCUUGUACGUCCUCUUUUACUCCUAUCUGAUUUUAUAUCGUUUGACGUUAUUGAAAACAAUAACCGUCUAUUUCCUUGGGUCAUUGUUUCUUACUGCUAAUUUUCUUUUUAAAACAGAGAGAGAGAGAGAGAGAGAGAGAGAGAGAGAAGAAAGAGAAAAGACAGUCUGGGCUUUGGAAUUUAGAGAGACAGUGAGAGAGAGAAAUUGAGAGAGAAAAACACAGAGAAAGGAGAGAGGACAUCUGGCUGCGCAACGAGACCUUAAACGUUCGGGUUUUGAUGAAUUCAGGACCGAAACCUUGUUCUUUAAUCUCCUGAAGCCUUAAUCAAGUCUUUCAUCACAAACUGGGAUUAGAAUCUGAAGCCGGGGGGGGAUUAAAGAAAGUGACCUGGAAUCAGCCUCCUCCUCCGAUGAGCUGCGCAGAGCUGAGUAAUAAUAACACAAUGUACCGAGGUUGUGUGUGUGUGUGUGUGUGUGUGAGGUUGGGAGUUUAUUAAAAAUGAAACACAGUGUGUGCAGCGUGUGUUAAACCUCGACCUUUAGCUCAUUGUAUAUUUAUUGUUUUUGGAAUAACACUCUGGAAUGGCGCAGGAUCCAUCUUUUAUUGAUGUUUAUACCACAGCGCGCUUUCAUUCUCAGUUCUGAUUGGCCAGGAGAUGUUGAUUCAUUUUCUAUAACGGCAGCUCUGACAGUUUCCAUAGUAACAGUUUAGUCACAGGGACUGGUAUGUUGGAUGAUCUAUAUAAUCUAAACGUAGUAAUAAAAAAAAUUUAAAAAAUAAAUAAAUAAAUGUGUUGUUAUUAAGAAAAUAUAUAUUGGCUGAUAUGGUUU